CACCGGUCCGACCUUUUUCCUUCCACCCUCCAUUGCUUUCUUCUUAGCGAUGGCGUCCGGUCAUGGCUUGGUGAGGCUGCUCCAGCUGGGCCCUCGCGGCCUCUUGGCUCCAGCCGUCCCCAGCGUGCUAGGGCCGUGGACGCGUGGCCUGAGGAUGUCCCGGACAGUGGUGUCCGGCUGCUGCCCCCGACACAUUAGGAUUCCCCUUUCAUUUUUCCCUUCAGAGAAGCCCAACUGGGAUUACCAUGCUGAGGUACAAGCUUUUGGACACCGGUUACAGGAAACCUUUUCCUUAGAUCUUCUUAAAACUGCAUUUAUUAAUGACUGCUAUAUUAAAAGUGAAGAGGCAAAACGUCAGAAGCUUGGCAUUGAGAAGGAAAGUAUUCUUCUGAAUCUUAAAGAUAAUAAAGAACUAUCUGAACAGGGGAUUUCUUUUUCACAAACAUGCCUCACACAAUUUCUUGAAGAUGAGUUUCCAGACAUGCCCGCUGAGGGCAUCAGAAGUCUGGUUAACUUUCUUACUGGGGAAGAAGUCGUGUGUCAUGUGGCCCGGAAUUUGGCUGUGGAGCAGCUGACGCUGAGCGCAGAGUUUCCAGUCCCUCCGCCUGUGUUGCAGCAGACUUUCUUUGCAGUAAUUGGAGCCCUGCUGCAGAGCAGCGGACCUGAAAGGACUGCCCUUUUCAUCAGGGACUUCUUAAUUACUCAGCUGACUGGAAGAGAACUUUUUGAGAUGUGGGAGAUAAUAAACCCCAUGGGACUGCUGGUAGAAGAAUUGAAGAAGAGAAACAUUACACCUCCGGAAUCUAGACUUACUAGGCAGUCUGGAAGCACCACAGCUUUGCCUUUGUAUUUUGUAGGCUUAUACUGUGAUAAAAAAUUGAUUGCUGAAGGACCUGGGGAAACAGUAUUGGUUGCAGAGGAAGAAGCUGCUCGAGUGGCUCUUAGAAAACUAUAUGGGUUCACUGAGAAUAGAAGGCCCUGGGACUAUUCCAAGCCCAAGGAGAACUGCAGAGUGAAGACCAUCAGCACUGCCAGCUGACCCAGCCAGAGACACAGCGCCCUGACCUGUGAGCAAAACCAGGGCCAAGUGCGGAAGUGUUCCAAGCCAAACAGUUUCCAAGUGUAAAUAAAUGUCUUUUCAUAUUGUGUUCCUAAAAUUAAAUGUGUGUUUGGUCAGAA